GAGCUGGUUUCAGGGGAUCAACUCUCACUGUAGGGAACCCAAGGCUAGGUGGGACCCGAGAGCCUUUGUUGCACGGGACAGGGCGCCCUCUCCUGAUAAAAGAUGGGAACAGCCGGGAGUUUGUGGAGUGGGCCUCACAGGAUCCCACUUCUGGCAGGGUGCCCUUCCCUUUGCUGAAAUGCCCCAUCCCACUCUGAGGUGCAAAGUUUGAAGGAGGGGCGCCGAGGCUGGGACAAAGCUGGCUUAAUACUUCAGAGGGCGAGGCUGGAUAAUUCGGCGAUGGACCGCAGCGGAGCGAUAAGGGCUUCCCGGUCAGGAUUCACCCCAGCUGAGGCGAUGAAGGCCCGGGGGAGCCUUGGAACCUCAUAGACUUAUUUCACAUCCCAGCCCUGCCAGUUAUUGGCCUGUGAUUUUUGAGCCACUCCCUACAGGAUGUUCUCUGCGGCCUCCCAGCCCUUGGACCCCGACAGGACCGUGUUCCGGCUCCGAUUUACGACCAUGGUCUGUUGGGUCAUCACUUUACCCGUGUUUGGCUUCUUCUUCUGCAUCAUCUGGUCCCUGGUGUUCCACUUUGAGUACACAGUGGCCACUGACUGUGGGGUACCCAACUAUCUGCCUUCGGUGAGCUCGGCCAUUGGUGGGGAGGUGCCUCAGCGUUAUGUGUGGCGCUUCUGCAUCGGCCUGCACUCAGCGCCCCGCUUCAUGGUGGCCUUCGCCUACUGGAACCACUACCUCAGUUGCGCCUCCCCAUGUCCUGGCUACCACCUGCUCUGCCGUCUCAACUUCAGCCUCAACGUCAUUGAGAACCUCGCGCUGCUAGUGCUCACCUAUGUCUCCUCCUCCGAGGACUUCACCAUCCAUGAGAAUGCUUUCAUUGUGUUCAUCGCAGCAUCGCUCAGUCACAUGCUCUUCACCUGCAUUCUCUGGCGGCUGACCAAGAAGCACACAGUAAGUCAGGAGGAUCGCAAGUCCUACAGCUGGAAACAGCGGCUCUUCAUCAUCAACUUCAUCGCCUUCUUCUCAGCUCUGGCUGUCUACUUUCGGCACAACAUGUAUUGUGAGGCUGGAGUUUACACCAUCUUUGCCAUCCUGGAGUACACCGUUGUCCUAACCAACAUGGCGUUCCACAUGACAGCCUGGUGGGACUUUGGGAACAAAGAGCUGCUCAUAACCUCUCAGCCUGAAGAAAAGCGAUUCUAAACCCCUCUGCUGCUAGAAGAGAGCCCACUGUGCAGAAAUAAGAAACAACUCUGGCCUUCCCCAUCCUGUUGUUUCCUCUCUAGGCCCUUUCAAAGCUGGGGGAGGAAGAAGGGCAGAAGGGGAUAGGACAAGGCUGACCCCAGCACCGCUGGUUUCUUUUCCUCAACCCCUUCAGAGGCAGAAGGGCCUUCAAGUAACAUCACCCUUAACUGAGAGGCCCAAGAAGCUAAAUGACAGAAGAGCUCCACCACUUGGUGCUAAAACAAAGUCCCAGGGUUUAUGACAACCAUGCAGUUUCUGGCCUUUAUACACCCACCUUUCCCAGAGGUCAAGGACUGCUGAGCAGUGUCUGUUAGCUGAAAACCACAGCCAUCUCUCUCUAGGUCACUCACCUAACUUGUCUAAUGACCCGUGGUGCACACCCAGGCCUGUGUCCAUAGUCCUGUUAAGAUUGCCCAGGUGUUCUCAGUGUGUCCAAAUACAUGAUUUCCAAGGGCUCUGCAGCAUGGCUCUCAUCUCAUCUGAUGGAGGUGGGGUCUGUACCUGAAGGAUGACCUGUCCCAGAAAAAGCACCAUCAUGGCAUGUGUUUCUCUUCAUUUCUGAAAUCACUGGCUUACAGACCCUGGGGUAGAGGGCUCACAGACAUAGUUCCCUAGACUAAAAUGGGCUCCUUGGUGUCCCUCCAUUUUCCCUAGUACCCCAAACCCUGAGCUCUUUUGGUUGUACAUUUUAUUUCAAAUAAAAAUAAAUUUUUGUUUUUCACCAGUA